CAGGAUUUGGUGCUAGCGUAAACAAAAGGACCAAGGCGAAAGGGCAAAUGCACCUGCAGUGGAAGCCACAUCGUGUCUCCAACUACUUGCAAUCUACUAGUUAAGGAUGCGAAAUGCUUAAAUGCGCCAUUGGUGCCAUUUACAGGAAAGACAAUGCAAAAACGUUCAUAGUCUGUCCCCCAUGAGUGCGUAGUUGCCUUGGCUGCAAGCCGCAUACGUUGAUCGGGCUCGCUUCCUCCUUAGCAACGCGUAGAUCACAUAGCACAAUUGAACUCUACCUUGCAACGUAGCGCAGCCUAUCGCAGCCCACCCGUCUCGCAUCCUCCGGCGCAGUAUCGGCGCCAUCUCCGCCUCUCCUGCCCUAAAUAAUCGCCAAGUCAACCCCGAACGCUGUCCAUCUAAUCAGUCCAUUACACAUACUCCAGCUUGCAGCGCCUUUCUGAACAUGGAUUUCACAGCUUACAUCUCGGGUCUCAGCCCCGACAAGCGAACGCUGCUGUACCGCAGCCCCUGGACAAGUCUGGCUGUGUUCCGAAACCUGCCCCCGCUGGCGCAACUGUACGUCAUGCGGCUGCUCUUCCUGCCGGGGCCCUUCCCAGCGGACUACCUGGACAGCUGGUGCCGCCGCUCCUGCACCUCAGCCCACCGAGCAGCCCUGGCCGCACUCCAGGGACUGGACGUGCUCAUGCUCCAACAACAACAACACCAACAUCAACAACAACCUGGGGGCCAGGGACAGGGACAGCAGGGGGGACAGCAGCAGAAGGGCUGGACGACGGUGGCGGUGGGAGGCGGUGUUGGUGGUGGUACGGCAGGUGGUACGGCAGGAGGCGGCAGUGGUACGGGAGGCCGGGUGGCGGGGGUCCCUGUGUGGGCCCUGCAUGCGGACUUCAGGG